ACGAAAACAAACCGGGACGUUCGAUUCAACCGUCAUAGAGCAAGCAUUUAUUCCGGCAUAGGCAGAUAAAAGUGUAGUGAUAUGGAUAUAUGGACGCUAUAAUCACUCCUGACACAGGAGAGAGUCCUGGUACAACUGAACAAAUAGACAACGAAGCCUUCAAUAACGGAAGACUUAAGAACAGGUGUAGUGAGAGUAAAGAAACCCAUCCAUCAAGCAAUAUCGGAACAAAUAAACUGGAAAGAGCUUACUACAUGACUAACCGGUGAUAAAUAACAGCAUUGAAGCCAAUAUGAAAGCUAGAAAAAUGAUCCCCAGACCUUUUUUGACCUUCCUGUUGGUGAGGCUGUCAAGUGUUUUCCUUGUACAAACGUGGUUCGUUGCUGAUGAAUACUGGCAGGCUACAGAAGUUGCUCAUAAUAUUGCUUUUGGGUAUGGUUACCUCACCUGGGAAUGGAAGGAAGGUCUUCGGAGCAUUUUAUAUCCCGGUGCCCUUGCCUGCUUGUACAAGGUGUUGGCUGUCUUUAGUCUGGAUUAUCCUUUGUUAUUGAUUCACAUGCCUAGAGUUCUUCACGCUUGUGCAUUUGCUGUUGGCGAUUUCUUCACUUGGAAAUUGUCACAGAAACUUUACAACAAGGAUGCAGCCUACUGGACCUAUGUGUGCCUGAUGUCAUCCUGGUUCUUGGAGUACUGUGCCCCUCGAACUCUCACUUCGUGCAUGGAAAUGGUUUUGACAUCCGUUGCCCUCUGGUUUUAUCCAUGGAAGAAUAAAAGAGAGAGUUGCAGUGCUAGCUACCUGUGGUUCGUUGGCAUCUCCUGCAUAUUGCGACCAACAUCUGCGGUCCUUUUUGUCCCUCUGUGUUUGCAUCAUGUCUGGGCUUCCAGUUGUCGACUUUGGCUCGCAGUCAAGUUCAGUGCCAUUAUAUUUGCAGUCUUGGCCCUCUCAAUUGGCCUGGACUCCUGGUAUUAUGGACAGCUAGUGGUUGUUCCAUGGCGCUUUGCCCACUUCAACGUCGCAUCUGGAUUGGCAGCACACUACGGCACCCACCCUUGGCACUGGUACCUGACACAAGGCCUUCCAGCCACCUUGACUAUUCAUACUGUGCCCUUUCUCUUAGGGGCUCUGUGUCACUCGAGGAGACACACGCAUCUGCUGCCACUUUGCGUCUGGUCGAUUUUUGUGUAUAGCUGUCUUGGACACAAGGAGUUCCGAUUCCUGUUGCCAGUUCUUCCUCUCUGCUUGUGUAUUGCAGGUGACUAUAUUGCAUUCACAAUUGCAAACCUAUCAAAGAAGAAAGACCUAUCCUCUAAGCAAUGGAGUUUCAUAGCGGCUGCAUCAUUAUGGAUUCCAAACAUUUUAGCCUUGAUAUAUCUUGGUCUGUUCCACCAAAGAGGACCCCUGGACACCAUGACUGUUAUAGAACAGGAGUUGAACACUGUAAAGGAACCAGAUGUGCUAUUCCUCAUGCCUUGUCAUUCCACACCUUAUUAUGGACACUUGCAUAGAAAUAUAUCAAUGAGAUUCUUGACCUGUGAACCAAAUCUGAAACAUCAAGAGAAUUACAUUGACGAAGCAGACAUCUUUGAAAGAAACCCCAUGUCCUGGCUACAACAAGAGUACAAAAGUAUUACAACACAGGAUUCCAAUAUCAGUCAGCACAAAUUGCAUGAGGGGAAAAGGAACUCACUAGGCAAGAGUUUUCCUUCACAUGUGGUUUUAUUUGAUGUUUUAGUUGACAGGGUUUAUGAUUUUCUCAAUGGAAAUGGAUUUCAGAAAUGCCAUGAGAUAUUUCAUGCCCAUGUUGAAGAUGGGAGACGUGGGAGAUUUAUCCAUAUCUACUGCAGAGUGUAAGUGACAGAAUCAACUGCUAAAUUUAUUUGUUCAUUCAAACUAUAGAUAUACAUCUACAUAUAUGUA